GAGAAACACGACGUACAAUAUGGACCAGAGAAGAAUGCAGGAGACCCUGCCGAUGUGUUUGCCUCCAACCCGCACUACAGAUAUCCUGAAUAUUACACCGACUUCAGCAGGAGAUUUGUCCCCGUAUAUCCUUAUACGGAAAAAAAGCCUUCGAAAACUAACGGGGAAUCUCAGGAAAAUAGGAAUCGGGAAAUAAUUCCAAUAAAAUCAUCUCCCGAAAAAGUGAUCCAAGUGGCGAUGCAGUCAGCUUUAGAGGCUGCCUUAAACCCACCCAAUGACACUGAGUCAGUCAAGAAAGAGGACAUGCUGAGGAGCGGUGAUUAUUGGAAUUCAGUGUGGGUUGAAGAAGUAAAUCCCAAAAAUGUGUUGAGAACAUACCAAAAUAAACAUUCGAACCAGGAUAAGAAAUACAGAUCUUCUGUUCCAAAGCUGGGAUCCGUACGAGCGAAAAUAAUGCCGGGUUCCAAACUUUACCAGCUAGUGUCAGUUCUGCGGCAGUUCUCGCCGCGGUUACUCUACGUGAUCAAUACUAACAAAUAAAUAC